CGCAGCGGAUAUCGUCGUGGUCUCGAUUACUGCGCAUCGUCGUAUACGUGUACCGCAUCCUUAAUCCGAAACCGCUCCCCACGGCCCUUACCCGAUCCGACUUAGAGUUUGCUGAAGGCAAAAUUCUCUCAUCGUUGCAAAACGAACAUUUUUGUGACGAUAUUGAGAAAAUUAAGAGCAAGAAAUAUUGCUCACCUGCUUUACAAAAGCUCAAACCGUUCUUAGACAAAGACGGUCUAAUUCGUGUUGGAGGCAGGUUGACAAAUACAGACUUGCAGUAUUCUCAGAAGCACCCAAUUGUGCUCCCGCGACGUGAUCAUGUAGUCAAUAUGAUCGUUGACUACGUUCACAGAAAGCAUUUGCAUGCUGGUCCCGAGUCAAUGAUGACUAUACUUAGGCUUCAGUAUUGGAUUCUGUCGGCUCGUCGUGUCAUUCGCGACCGCAUUGCCAAAUGCAACACUUGUUUCAGAGCGAAUCCACAAUCGUCUUUUCCGCUCAUGGCAGACUUACCGGGCUGUCGCGUGAAUCAAGUGGAUAAACCGUUUACGCAUACAGGGUGUGAUUAUGCAGGCCCUCUGCAAUAUACGCCUACUCGUGGCAGAGGAGUGAAGAGUCGCAAGGCUUGGUUAUGUAUUUUCACUUGCCUCACUACGCGCUGUCUUCACAUUGAGAUAGCGACGGAAUUGAGUACCGCCAACUUCAUGGCUGCAUUAAAGCGCUUUUUGGCACGCCGUGGUCCCGUCCAAUGCAUGUAUUCGGACAAUGGAACCAAUUUCGUUGGCGCCAAUUCUUAUAUGCGUGACCUCUACAAGUUCUUGGAUGCUCAUCGUCCACUUAUAGAGAUGGAACUAGCGGAGAACCGCAUUGAUUGGAAGUUCAUCCCUCCUGCUUCUGCUCAUUUUGGAGGCGCGUGGGAGUCUAUGGUGAAAAUAGUAAAAAAUCACCUUUUCAAGGUGAUCGGUACGCAAAUACUGACGUACGAAGAACUUCUAACGACGCUUGCUCAGAUAGAAGCGCUCGUUAAUUCCCGGCCUCUAACAGCCUUGAGCAGUGACCCCGCUGAGCCAUCAGCUCUUACUCCUGCUCAUUUUCUCCAUACUGCUCCACUGUUGUCGUUACCUACUCCAUUGGUCGAGUCAGGUAACUUACGUGAACGACAUGCCCUCCUAGAUAGGAUAGUGCAGUCUUUCUGGCAACGAUGGCGAGCAGAGUAUCUGCAUCAGUUGCAAUCACGAGCUAAAUGGACAACGCCAUCAGUUCCCAUCGCAAUUGGCACAGUAGUCGUCAUUAAAGUAGAUAAUGUGCCGCCAUUCUCAUGGCCAUUGGGUGUUGUAGACGCAGUGCAUCCUUCAAAGGACGGCUCAACCCGCGUUGUUACUGUCAGGACAAGUAAAGGAAGUUUCGUCCGUCCUGUCGUGCGGUUGUGUCCUUUGCCUAACCAGUAAUGGAAUGGGUAUUAUGUUAGAAUAAUAUUAUUUUUUUCGCUAUUAUUUUACUCGAAGAAAAGGGUCAUUAUUUAUUUAUUUUAUUUAGUACUUCUUUCCUUUAAAGGAACCCUUUAAAGCCGGGGAGAAAUGUUCGCGCCCUUUUCAUUCAUUAUCAUUCAUAUCGUCCAUCCCGCUCGCUCUUCCUUAUGAUAGGUUCAACCUCAUUUUUAAUUGUCAUGUCACCCGCCUCUUUGCCAAACUUC